AUGACGAAGGGUACGAGUUCUAUGGGUAAGCACAACAGCCACUCACAUGGCUUGUGCAUUCGCUGUAACGCUCGUGCUUUCCACUUGCAGAAGAAGCGCUGCGGAAACUGCGGAUACCCGGCAAAGAAGAUCCGAAAGUAUUUCUUUUUACUUUUUCAGAAAGAAAACUCGAUAAAAGUACUCCACUAUAGGAUCCACCUACCUGAAAGCGUACAUAGGCUAGUACCGUGAUACAUACUCUGCUGGGGAGUUCCUCAGAAAAAAUGCCUGAAUGAAACAUAUUUGUCAGGUUUCCUACUGCUACUAAUAUCUAUUGCUAGAAAUAAUUACCAGGGAUACAAUGCUGCUCAUGUGGUCAUGAGUGGCGAUGCCUAAAUUCUGUGCACUGGGUAUUGUCCCGUAGUGUCAUGGUGUAGGCAGUAUCCUAGAGCAAGGGCGGCCGAGUUGAGUUUCGGCUCCUCGGCCCCUCGGCCUCAUAUUCCUUGUCGUGGCAGGUGCUCAUACGUGUAGGGUCGUUCUGCGGCCAAACUGCCAGGUCAAACCAUGGGGCAAACAGAAGUGUUAUUGUAGAGAAAGAGUUGGCCACCGAUUAGUAAGAUUUAGAUAUUUACGACACAUGCCAACCUAGUAUGUCCUUUCUUCUAAAAAUAUUCUUCACAGACUCUUCACGCAAAAAUCAUCACUAAAUUAGGUACAAUUGGUCCAUGAAAGCCAUCCGCCGCAAGACCACUGGAACUGGCCGUUGCCGCUACCUGAAAAAGCUGCCGCUUAAGGCGAAGAACGGCUUUCGUGAGGGAAGCACUCCGCAGGAGCGUCGCAAGAACCGCCAAGACCGCAAGUAAGUUUGUUGACUACCAUGAUGACAAUAUUGGCACUAUAGUAGUGUUUUCCAAGGAAUCAUCACGAGAGUAAACGACCAUACGAACUUGAGGCUGAGGAGAAAACGACGAACCAGAACACCGAUCCGCAAAUGUUGAAGCAUCAUCCUGUGAGUGGCGGGAAUGCGUUGAUGUGUCGUGGGCAUCAUCUGAGGAGCUUAUGAUGUCGUAAGCGAUCAAGUUCACGGAUAUCAAGCUCACUUGUAACGCUUAAGGAUGUGGAGACUUUUUCCCUCCGCUAAGCUUCUGCAGAUGUAACAUCAUUGCGAGUAUGCAUCGACUUUGUGUCUGGAAUCUACUCUGACUUUACACGCAU